AUGUUGUCAGACGGAACGGCAACCUCGAAGCCACCAGCCUCGGCGGCGGAGGCGCAGCGAGUUCCACAGCACCUCAUUGCGGCGCUACGUGCUGCAAUCAACGCCGGCGCCUCCCCCGCGCCGACGAAGAUGUACGACUGCGGCGACAAGUCGUACACGGCUGCCGCCAUCAUGGAGGCGAUGAAGGAGGAAGAUAGGCAGAAUGGGGCUGACAACAGCAGCAGCAUCGGACAACGGAGGAAGAGCAAGCACUGCGUACCUCGCUUCUGUGAGCUACUGAUGCACCAGCAGUUCAGGAAGAGGUUCUGCGAGAGUAGGACGCAGCUGAGCAGGAGGGAGCUCGACGCCAAGCAGACGGGGACGAAUCGGGAUAUUCAUCUCGAGCUGUGGGAGGCGUUCAAGGAUGAGAGUUUCGAGAUGCGAUAUUCGGUCUCAGAUUUUUAAUCCGCGGUCGGGAAGGUGGGUUUUCAGCGAAACUUGGUGAUUUGUCUUACUCAAUGUAUAGGGAAACGCAAAUCAGGGGAAACGAACUUUCUGUCCCCCCCCGGGGACAAAACGGGGAUUUGCCCAUAUCAUGCCCAUUUUGUGCGCUGCUCAGACCGCUGUUCCGGUAGAACAAACCCUACAGUUUUUGCACACUUUACUGGCCACUUCCCACCAAGGUACACGAAAUUUGUGUCCCCCCCGGGGACAAAACGGGGUACCAAGAGUAAAGGGUAGCGCAUAAUACUUGCAAACGUUGCGUUCGACACCAUACCAAAAAAAGCAAGAAGAACAACAAACGUCGACGAGUUCCAUUCUUGUGGUUGGCAGCCAACACAUCCAUCCAUCCCUGGCCCACCUCCGGGAACCUCUUCUUCGCGAUACGUACGCGACCUCUUGAGCGUACGUAUUGCGCUUCCUCCCGCUCCCCCUCCUCCACCUCCCCCUCCUCCCCCCCCCUCCUCGUCCUCCUCCUCUCCCUCAUCUCCCUUCUCCCCACCCCACCCCACCUCCCCCAUGCUCUGGUCAAGCGUAGGCGCCACUGGGGACUCGUCCGAAGAUAUGACCGGAAGAAUAACGCCGGUCAAUUGAGUCCCAAGCGUGCGUCUCCCAACCAUCUCUUUUCCCGACUUCUCCAUCACCUCGCCAACCAAGUCGGGGUACACCUUCGCUACCAUGCAGUCAUCCUAGCAGCCUAUUCGGCAAGUCGAGCAGUAGCACGGUGCGCCCCGAACUCGCAACUUCCAAGAUUUGGUGAACUUCUUGGGGGCAGCCCAUUUCCUCGCCCUGAACUCGUCUACCGCCCACUUCCUAGUCGUCAACAACUUGUCUCCGGCCGCUCCCACCACAAAAUCGUCUGUCUGCACCCCCACACUAUUAGCCCACACAAGAUUACAGGUAUCCUGCACCUCCCCCUGUUCCUCCUCUGUUCCCGGGAUUCGUCACGUCACUCCGUGUCUUGCGCUCGUU